AUGAAAGGUCUCCACGAAUCUCUUGCAGCACCAUCAUACUAUGAUUCAACUCUACGCGCCGAGGCACAGCUAGCUACUAGCAUGAUGUUGUGCAUGUACUAUGUGAAGUCGAGACUGGUGAUACACUGGGUAAACUUGGUUGACUGGGUUUGCCAGGUUUUUGAUGAACAAGAAGCUGCUCAUUUUCAUCUACACCUGAACGGCGCGAAGAAGAUCUUGACCAACAUGAGUCGGCAACAACGCGAGCUCCCGGUGUCCCAAUUUCUCAUUGCAUGGUUGCUGUACUAUGACGUUCUGAGCGCCUUUGCUCAUCCUUCUCGAACUAUUCAGGAUGAGCUGAGCGUAACGUCUUCCUCAAACCUCUCGCCAAAAUUGGUAGUUGGUCUUCUCGGCUGCUCCACAGAGGUUUUUGAAAGUAUCUCUUUCAUCAACCAAAUGCGCACGAUAACACUUGAUCCGCAUGCCAAACAGCAUGAUCUGGAUAAGACUUUCCAGCAAAGAGUGGCUCUGGAACAAAAGCUACAAAUUGCAUGGCAGGAGCUGAGCCCGGACGGAGUCUCCCUUUCCACGGUGGCAGAAAUCAAAGCUGCAUCAGCGACUGCAGAACUGUAUCGUCUAGCGAGCCUAUUGUGUCUCCAGCGGGUUGCCCCCGACAUCGGCGAUGAGGUGCGAAGGGCGGCCUAUGUACGCCAGGCGUUUGAGGCGCUGGGUGAGGUCCCGGUAGCCACUGGACCGUGGCCGGUGUUUGUAGUCGCUUGCGAAGCGCGUACGGACGAGGAGCGCAUUUAUAUCCUCGAAACUCUCGACCGAAUGGACAAGGUCCGGAAGGUUGGGAAUGUCCGCGUCAUGCGCACAAUUCUGGAGACGAUCUGGAAGCAGCGGGAUCUGCAGGAAAACUCCGACACGGUCGAGACGAAGCAAUGGUGGCUUUGCGCCGAGAGCAGCCCGCUCAUGGCGGCCUCGGAGACGAAAGAUGCAGACCUCCAAGGACCACAGAAAGCCUACAUCAUGUCCUCUCCUUCACCCAUCAAUGUCCCUCAGCACAUUUCGCAGCUGCUUUCUGAGCUGCACGCAAAAUCCCUGGAACAGGAGAGCGUCUUGUCGAAGAGCGCCAAGGUAUUCUCUCCCAAAGUCAUCGGCGAUCUAGAGGACCAGCACUCGCGUGCCGGCUCCGCGCACGAGUUCGACAAACUCAUGCUGGACAAGUUCAUCGCGUUGGACGAGGACAAGUGCCAGUUCACGUACCAGCUCAUCAACGCCAUGGGCGCAACCAAUGUCGUCGAGGCAGGCACGAGCUUUGGGGUCAGCACCAUCUACCUUGCUCUCGCCGUUGGCAAGACCAAGGCCGCCACCGGCAAGUCCGGAACGGUCGUCGCGACCGAAAAGGAGAUACAGAAGGCAGAGAUUGCGCGCGGGUAUUGGGCGCAGUGCGGUGCGGAGGUGGAGCAGGAGAUUGAUCUGAGGGUGGGAAAUCUGCUUGAGACUCUGAAGGAAGGGUUGCCGCAGGUUGAUCUCCUGCUGCUUGACAUCUGGUCUGUCCUCGCUCUUCCGACACUAAAGGUCGUUCUUCCUCGUCUGCGGAAGGGCGCAGUCGUCCUGACCGACAACACUAUAUCUGGUGCUGAGGGGUACAAAGACCUGCUGGCGUUCCUGAGAGACCCGCAGAACGGGUUCCAGAAUAUGACUCUUCCAUUUACGAAUGGAUUCGAGAUGAGCGUUUACAUGCCUGGACCGGAAUGA